AUGGCCGCGGCCACCUCUAACCCCUACCUCCCCGGCAACGGCAUCCUGGCGGCCGGCUCCAUCGUCCACGCGGACUCGGGCGGCGGCGGCGGCGGCGGCGGCGGCGGCAUGCAGCCGGGGAGCGUGGCCGUCACCUCGGUGGCGGGCGGCUACCGCGGCGACCCGGCGGCCAAGAUGGUCCAGAGCGACUUCAUGCCGGGCGCCAUGGCCGCCAGCAACGGCGGCCAUAUGCUGAGCCAUGCCCACCAGUGGGUGACAGCCCUGCCCCACGCCGCCGCCGCCGCCGCCGCCGCCGCCGCCGCUGCCGCCGAAGCGGGCUCGCCCUGGUCCGGCAGCCCCGUGGGCAUGACGGGCAGCCCCCAGCAGCCGCCGCCGCCGCCCGACGUCAAGGGCAGCGGCGGACGCGACGACCUGCACUCGGGCGCGGCGCUGCACCACCGGCCGCCCCACCUGGGCCCCCCGCACCAGGGGCACCCGGCGGCCUGGGGGGCGGCGGCGGCCGCCCACCUACCCUCCAUGGCCGGCGGGCAGCAGCAGCAGCAGUCGCUCCUCUACUCGCAGCCCGGGGGUUUCACGGUGAACGGCAUGUUGAGCCCCCCCCCCGGCGGUCAGAGCCUGGUGCACCCGGGGCUCGUGCGCGGCGAGACGCCGGAGCUGGGCGAGCAUCCCGGGCAUCAUCACCACCACCACCACCAGCACCCCGGGCACCACCCGCCGCACCACGGCGGCGUCAACAGCCACGACCCGCACUCGGACGAGGACACGCCGACCUCCGACGACCUGGAGCAGUUCGCCAAGCAGUUCAAGCAGCGGCGGAUUAAGCUGGGCUUCACCCAGGCCGACGUGGGGCUGGCGCUGGGCACCCUGUACGGCAACGUCUUCUCGCAGACCACCAUCUGCCGCUUCGAGGCCCUGCAGCUCAGCUUCAAGAACAUGUGCAAGCUGAAGCCUUUGUUGAACAAGUGGCUGGAGGAAGCCGACUCUUCCACGGGCAGUCCCACCAGCAUCGACAAGAUCGCCGCCCAGGGCAGGAAGAGGAAGAAGCGGACCUCCAUCGAGGUGAGUGUCAAGGGGGCCUUGGAGAGCCACUUUCUGAAAUGCCCCAAGCCCUCCGCCCAGGAGAUUACGAACCUAGCGGACAGCCUGCAGCUGGAGAAGGAGGUGGUCAGGGUUUGGUUUUGCAAUCGGAGGCAGAAAGAGAAACGGAUGACCCCCCCGGGGAUCCAGCAGCAGACCCCCGACGAUGUCUACUCCCAGGUCGGCACCGUCAACUCCGACACGCCGCCCCCUCACCACGGACUGCAGACCAGCGUGCAGUGA